GUAUGCUUCAAUGUGGAAGGGGUGCCUUACACUGUACACUGGAAGAGGAGGAGACUUACAAAAAAUUGGAGAGUUUUGUAUGGUGUAUUCUGAGAUUCCUAAUUUCAGUGAGCCAAAUCCAGAGCUGCUAGGACAAGCUAACCAGCAUAAGACGGGUAAAGAACAGCGCGGAAAUUCUCCACCGAAUCAAAAUUCAGGAAAUGGUACUGGGCCAGUAUUUUCCAAUAACAGUGCUGCACCUGUGCCUCGGGAUCCCAACUUCGGUGUUCCAGGAAGACCAAACGGGCGUGUUCCAGGCAAUGGACCACCCCCAGUAACUGCAGGGGCAUCCCCUGCUCCCCCCAAACCCACAGUCACCAUUAGCAAUGGCAGGGACCCAAGAAGGGCUUCAAAGAGAUGAGACUGCAAAACUACUUUCUUGUUUCCACAAACCACCCUUAUAAUACAAAACAAUACUGCCAAUCAAAAGAUACGAGGUUUAAUGCUACUGUUUUGCCACCUAUGCCUUUGCUUUGUCAUUUUGCCAAUAUUUGCGUUGUAUCCUAGCCUGACUUCGUCAUAUUCAUAUUCUAUAGGACUUUGAGGCGUGUCUUUACCGAACCAGGAAAAUAAAAACUGCACUCACUUAGUUAGACCUACAGCCAAUCAGAGCUACGUAGUAAGUGAUGUAUGUUGAGCUACGCGUAGUUGUCAACAGAACUUAACUGCACAGUGGAAGUAGUAAAAUGAGUGUUGCUUUUACUUGGUCCUCCAUGAGUGCGACCAAAGGAGAAACCACAACCACCACAGGGUUUUCAUUGCGUCCCAUCUUCUUAGCGACCAUCAGAGCCAGCUAAUAAAUUAAACUUUUUUGCCGAAUUCCGUUGGAAGGACGGCAAACAUCUUUCCACAAAUGCCUUGAUUGCAGUUUUACAAAAGAUGUGAUAGUGGAAUCUAUACAUCUCAAUUCUCCAGCUGCAGUCAUAUUUUAGAGAAAUCAGUUCAACCCAUGAUGAUCAAUUCCAUUCAUGAUCCAUUCAGAUCAUCUGUCCAUAUUUAAAUAAAGCCCACUCUUGCAAUUUGAUUGGCCAGACGGUUUCUGAACCGAUCAUAAUCACUCAAUGGAUCAAGUCCAGAUCGAAUUUCCCGACCAAAAAAUGUUCUGAGUGGGGUUCGGGCUGGCAUCCAGGCUAGUAGUAUCGAUCACAAAAGGUUAGAAUUCAACUUGUUACAGUUAAAGGUUAGCAUACCCUUAGCCCGUUCAGUGGCCCACCAUUUAUUUCCUUUCCCUAAAUGUGUUGUUAAACUAUACACCCUACUUGAACACUUGAUGCACUUUCUUCUCUUAAUUUAUAGUGAAUGCAUUGUCAUGUGAUUCAGGAAUGAUUAACUGCUGUUGCAAAUUGAGGAAAGAACUUCAAAGUGACUGACUAAAUGGGUUCUUCCCCCUACUCCUUGGCCAAAAAAAAAAAAUUGCCAGAAGUGACCGUGUGAAAGGAAAGGUGAUAGUUUGAUUGGACACUUAGGAUUAUUUAAUUAGGAAUAAACCAAGAAUGAAAUGUUGGGAAAUUGA